GGAGAAACAUCCACAGUUCCAUCAUCUUCACCUUAAUCCCUCGACUUGGGCCUCAAAAUCCAUAGAUAAUCCCUCAAAAUCUGCAGUUCAUUGAAAAUCUUUUCUUUUUGAAACAAGACAGAUCCUCACCAGCCGACCAUCAUCUCCCAUAUCCAUGCUUGCAUUUUGCUAAUUUUCAUGGAAAUUUAAAAAUUUUGUUGGAAAAUUGCUGAGCAUGCUAACUUGAAGAAAGACUUCAUCAUUCAUUUACAUAUACCCACAGAUCUGAAGCAAUUUUCAGAGUUUUUGUCGAGAGAACUGCAGAUUUGAGGGAAGAAAAUUUGAAAAAAUUCCUCUUUGAUUUUGGGAUCUUGUUUGUGAAAUCUCAAAGAACGUUAACGGUCCCGGGAAUUGUUUUUCUACGACUGCAUGGACCAUAAAACAUGAAUGAUUUGAUGAAGGAACCUUAAUAUCAGGAACAAUGACAAUAUAAAAGGCCAGAAGAGGCAGCACGAGCCAUGUGCAAACAUUAAUAAUCAUCAGCAUGGACUGAUAAUUCCUAGCUAGAUGGCCGCUUAUCUAGUAAUUAAGUUAUUAGUCUUGGGUCUUAUCCAUUUGGUUUUCGUCCAAGGAAUCAAAGGUUGCUUUGAUGAGGAGAGGAAGGCUCUUCUAGAAUUCAAGGCAUUUGUUAAAUCAGAUGGACAAGAUGCGGACCAUCUUCUUCCUUCAUGGGUUAAUGAACCAGAGGAUGACUGUUGUCAAUGGGAGAGAGUCGAAUGCAACUCCACCACAGGCCAUGUGAUCAAGCUCUCCCUUAGCAAUACCAGGCAGUUUGAUGUAUUUUCUUCUAGCUUAUAUGAUCCCCAAAACAGUUGGCAUUUAAACAUCUCCUUGUUUCAGCCAUUUAGGGAGCUAAGAAGUCUCAAUUUAUCCUUCAAUGUAAUUGCUGGGUGGAUACAGAACAAAGAAUUGUCUGUUCUUGAGAACUUAGAAGAGUUGGAUUUAGGAUCCAACAUACUAAAUGGCUCGUCAGCUGAACAAGAUUUUACAAUUUUGUCCAAGUUGAGCAAGUUGAAGUACCUAUAUUUGAAGGAAAACAAUUUCAGUAACGAUAUUAUGAGGAUUUUGGGCACAUUUCCGUCCCUUAAAUUACUUGACAUUUCAAGGAACUCGUUAGAAGGACUCCUUUCCAAUAAAGAAUGGGGUAACUUGAGCAAUGUGGAGGUGCUUAUUUUGAGUCAGAAUAGUCUCAGUGGAAACUUGCCAAUUCAAGGUUUGACAAGACUGAAGAUAUUAGAUUUGAGCUGGAAUCAAUUCAGCGGGGGCAUUCCCGCAUCUGUUGCGACACUUCAUUCUCUACAAGCAUUGUCUUUAUCUUCUAAUUAUCAACUUAAUGGCUCCCUACCACAUCCAGGUAUGUAAUGUAAGAUAUUGAUUUAAUUUUAAUUUUCCCCUUCACAAACAUGCAAUCAUGGUUGUUAAAAUCGAGUUUUAAAUCAUAAAAUCUUAUGAUUUUACAAUUUUAGGUAUGUAAUUCUAGUAAAAUCUAUGUUAAAAUCGAAAUUUCAUAAAAUUGGAGGAUAAAAUCAUAAAAUUGUGAUUUUAUGCUAAAAUCGUUUGAAAUUUCGAUUUUACUUUUAUGGAGAGUGAAGAAGAGGCUUCCAGAAAUCCAAACAUAAAUUUGAUCUCUGAUCUAGAGUGUGACCAAUCAAGAAAUUGCAUAUGAAACUAGAAGAAACACAAGGCAGAAACCAUUUGUAUACCAACAUAGAUUUUUACAAAAAAAAAAAAAAAAUCUGUAUACCAACAUGCAACAUAGAUGCAAAGAAACUGGAAACUGGUACCGGAAUAUAUUCUUAAGAAAGAAAUUUGAGGCAAGCUUGAGACGGAAAUUUUCGAGAAGGAUCGGUGGCUGUGGUGGUAGACAGUGGACUUCAUGUCCACCAACGAUGAUAAUUCAAAGGAUUCGAGGGAUUUGGGUGUCCUCUGUGAUGAUUUUCACUGCUCAAGCAAAGAAGGAUAAAACCUGUUGCCAAAAAAAAGGACUAGAUAAGAAGAAAAGGAGUUUGAAUGGAGGAAAAAUGGUAGAGAAGAGGGAAAAUUACAGCAGAGAAACCAAGGAAGGUGAAGGGAUGGAGGGGUAUUCAUUUUAAUGGAGAUUAUGUUGGCACGUGGAUUGGGGGUUUUCUUUAUAUAUAUUUUGUUAAUUUUUAGAUAAAAUAAGUAAAUGUGGUUUAAUUUAAAGGUUAAAACUUCAUUUUGAUCCCUGAAUUAUUGUAUCAACCCUUGAUUUGGUUUAUAAACUCAAAAAAUUCCU